AUGAGCUUAAUGAUAGGAAAGAAUAUAUCUGCAUCAAGUUCAACAGCUCAGUUAUUGAACAACAUGGAAUUCCAAGAUUAUUUGCUUUAUGAGAGUUCUUCAGGAAUUGAUAUGAAGGAAACAAGAGAGAAUACCAAGAAUGAUUGUAUAGGAAUAGAAACAAAGAACCUAGUUCAGAAUAUUGAAGACAUCCCGAUCCCACAAAGGUCACCAAGAAGGCCUGUAAGGAAAAAUAUGAAUUUAAAUGGCAAACAAAAUAUUUUCGCCUCACCAUGUUCUAUGCUGGAUAGUAGCUCAUUUGAAUACAGAAAUGAUGACUCGGAGAAAUCCUCUAAUGAAUCCAUUUUUUCUAAUGAUGGGGUCGUUGGAAAUUACAAUGAUCAGUCUAUCGUAGAUGAGUUUGGUCUUGACCUCGAAGGAAUUGAUGAUUUGGAUAUGUUUCUAAACGAAAUUGAUAUUGAUGAAAAUGGACAAUCAAAUAUAAUCUUCCAAGUUGACGAAGUCAUCAAUAUCGUUGCAAUUCAUUCCAAAUGA